ACGGUUUAUGUAAACAAAUGCGGAAUAUAUUUCAAACCGUAGGGUGUGCUAAAUUAUGUAGACAGACAUUUAAAAUAAGAACGGUAAAUACACUUGUAUUUUAAAAAUACAUCGACCUUUAUUUAAGAACCCUUCUUCACAAUGUAACAUGUCGAUAAAAAACAUACGUUUAAGAAUAAAGCACAAUAGAUAAAUAUAAAGUGAUCGUGAGUCGGACACGAUCUGAAGUCGGACGUUUUUGGACCCGUUUUAUGUCGAGUUAACACAGUUCAACAUGUAAACAAGUGAACAUUAACCGAAAUAAAUAUUUAAAUCAAUCAAAAAAGUUGUUUGUCUGCGGUGGCGUUCUUCCCAGCAUGCCUGAAGACCAUUUCUACAAAUAACCUCACGGGAGUGAAUUUCAAAAUUACGCAAAACAAACAAUGCCAAAAGGUAACUCUUUUAUCCGACAAAAUAAAAAAUAAGACCAUAGACCUUUUCAAAGUAUCAGUAUCGAUUCAAACUAUUCUGGAAGACAUGAAGAAACUUCAAGACAGCCAUCAGGCUAGACUUAAAUCGGUACAAAGUUCAUAUUAUGAACAAUUAGACACGAUACAGGAAACUCGCAGAAAAAUAAAUACAGCCUUAGAUACAAUCGAACAGAAGACACUUAAGGAGAUGAAAGAUACUUUUAUUAAACUGCAAGCCGCUUCCAAAUAUGAUGUUGACAAAUGCAUAAGGUUUCAGGAUGAAUUGAAACAACUUGGAGAUGCCAUACAGAACAUUAGUGAUAAAUGCAAACGUGAACUAUCAUUUACAACCACCUGGAAAUGCAACAGUCUGAAACCUUUCUGAGGAAGAACUCUCUUCAGGCUAAAGUUUUAAUAACAUUCCAGCCUAACAAUGAAAUUGUACAGUACUUGUCCAAACUGUCAGGUCCCGGGAAGAUUGAACACAGUUUCCAGACAUUGGUAGGACACGAUAAUCCAAAUUAGGUUUUCAUUUUGCAGGAAAAAUCUUUACAAAAUAUGAAAAUAUCAAGUGAUUCAAAGCAAUGCAAUAUCACAGCCAUCUGUUGUUUUCCGGAUGGACAAAUCUUGGUAGCAGACCUGAGUAAUAAGAACGUCAAGCUGCUUGACCAACAGUACCAGGUGGUGAGUCACUGUAGUGUGACUACACGGCCAUUGGAUGUUUGUCCAAUCACACCCAGUGAGGUGGCUGUGGUUGGGGAUGAUAAGAUCAUACACGAGGUCCAGUUUAUCACAGUCAAGAACAGGCAGCUUCUUAUAGAAAGGAAGCUUCAGUUACAACAUAUAUGUGGAGGUAUUGCCUGCCACCAGGAAGACCUGUAUAUAACAUCCAAUGCUGCUCUGUACAAGCACACAAUGAGUGGGAAACUUGUCAGCAAGAUGUAUGAGGAUACAUCAGGUCUUUUUACAGUACACAAGGUUGCUGUGAAACCCACAGGGUACAAGUUGUACAUCACUAAUCUCUCCCAUAACAAGCUCCUCACCCUGGCCAGGGAUGGGUCUAUCCUUGCAACCUUCACUGACCCUGAACUAAAAUGGCCAUGCGGUGUGAAUGUAACCCCUGCAGGCCAGGUGCUGGUGGUCUGUGAAGGUCCAUGAAUACUAUCCUACAGGUGGAGAAUGAGGGAAGAGGAAGCUGGCCACUCUUGAAUCACAGAGGGCUGGAGUGUUUGAAACACAAUCAGUCUGCUACAACAGACAUACUUCUUCCAUAAUUGUGGGACUUAACAGCAGCAGCAUCCUGGUGUAUAAGUGGAAUAGCGUUAUUUGGCAUUUAUCUUGAUUUAUGAUUAUGGUGAUUUGAAUGGUCAUGAGAUUGUGUUGUUGGGCUUUAGAACACUGUGUUAUGAUACAAUGUAAGUGCUAUUGCAGUUGCCUUUAUUUUGUUAAUAAAUAAUGUCUCUAGUUAAACGAAUAUCAACAUUUUAUAACAUGUUCACACAAUUUUGGAUUUUUUAAUGCAACUUUUCACACCUUAAAAACCAUUAUAUAUGGGUAUGAAUUGUAAUAAGACAUUUUUCACAAUUUUAAAUGUGUUUUAACAUCAACAUGAUUUUUGCCAUUUUGGUUAAUUUUACAAGACUAAUUUAAGAAACUUGAUCAAUGUAUUUGGUAUGAUUGCAUGAUUAACAAUACUUAUAUACAAUAAUAUGUAUGUACAAAAGUCAAAAGCUGUGUACAGCAAACCGUAAAAACAUAUGUGUUCAAAGAAUGCUCGCGUAUUAAUAAUUUAAAUAUUAAGACUGCUAGUAUUCAUGCAAGGUUUAUAUAAUAAAGAAUGAUUUUAUUUUAUGUUUUCAUUAUGUUUUGUUUUAUUUAUAUAUAUUUAUACACGCAUUAUCAAAACUAUGUAUAAAUACAAUAUUAAUGAAUAAAUCACCUGACCUGGUGUUGCACCCCUAUAUUGAUGUGGGUGUGAUAUGUCUUAUAAUGGGACU